CUGUUUAAGCACAAAACCUGGGGGAAGUUGAAUUGUUUUUUUUUGUUUUUUUUUUUGGUUUUUCCAUUUUUAUGUUUAUGUGUCAUCUGGUUUUUGAUGGAUAAAGGAGUCUCUUAAGUUACCUUGUGAAAGACGUACUGAGGAGUGUUUGUAUCCGUGAGGAGUUUGCAAUGAACCUGAAGGAUUUUAAUACAGAUAUAUUGGCUGGAGGCGUCGGACCUCCUGGAGUCGGAAAGUCCGUGUUGGUCCACAGGUUGGUCAGGGAGGUAAAAGCAUUUUCAUUUUUUACUGCGAUUCCCAAUCAAGUCAGUGAUUUUGAAACGUUUUCCAGGCACUGACUUAAAAAAAAUGACAUUAAAUGAAUGUGCUGCUUAGACAUUGUCAUUACUCAAAAAGAAGUUCUUUAAGUAUUUUAUUUUCUCAUUACAUUUCUUCAUUCUGAUGUGUUAAAAUCUAGUUUGAGAAAACUCAACUUUCUAUAUUCAUUGUAUCUGAUAUCAGAUAUAGAUUAUAGUUUAAAUUACUUGGAAUGAAAACAGUAGAAAGGUGAAAUCUACUAAUGAACUUAGCUGGUGCGAUUUUCAUAUUUCUGAUAAUGUUCACUAACUGGUGCAUCCCUGAGAUCAACAAUUAGUGAAUAAGGGCAUUUAAGUAACAACAGUGUUCUCCUAUGUCAGGCUAUAAACAAAUCAGUUUUAAAAUAAAUGUUAUUUUUAUGUAACUUUUAUCGUGUCAUUUUGUUGUCUCAGCAUUUGCCAUUACAUGAUUUUUUGCUGUUUUUAACAAUAAUCUGUACAGCUAUCUUUCAGUUUUCAAGUGUGACCACUAGAGGGCCCUGCACACUGGUAUUUUGUAUCUAUCAUGACCAAAUAGAUGCUUUGCCCUUCAGUUGUACAUUACAAUACAGGAAGCAUCUUGUGUCUACGUGCCUGUCACCUCGUAAACCCUCCCGCCCUGUCCUACAUCUGUUUGUCUCCUGCUGUGCAGGACUCAGAGACUUUCAGGAAGCUCUGAAGCAACAGGUGUUUUGAGUAUUUUGGAAACAUGUCUGGAUUCAUCCAGUUGUUGAAGAAGAGGAAGGAGCUGAUCCCUCUGGUGGGAUUCAUGGCGUUCGCAGCAACGGGAGCCACAUCUGCUUCCAUGUACUUUUUGUUCACCAAAUCCGAUGUGAUUUUGAACAAGUCUAAAAACCCAGAACCAUGGGAAAGACUGGACCCCUCAAAGCCCCAAAAGCUAAUCACCAUCAAUCAGCAAUGGAAACCAGUGGAGACUCUGGAAAUGGUGAAGUCCAUGACCAAAUAAAGAAAGAAGAGCCGGUAUCGUCUCUGAAGAUGUAGAGUCUUGACUACUUGCCAGGCCCCCUCAUCAGUCUAGCAGAAUCCUUUCUGCACAAACUAGGACGCUUUGACACUCAGUGUGCGGAAAUGCUUCUGCUCAACUGGUGGGGUUUCACCCCUGCUCUGUAGCGGCAACACAAGGACAUCGAUCCACAUCGACAGAAAAAGAAACAUCUGAGAUUAGGACGGGUCAUUUGUUUUUGCUUUUUGUUUUAUUGGCUAACCAGAGCUGGAGAGAUACAUUUUUACUUUAUCAGCUGUGGUUCGUCUUAACUGUCAGAUGCCUACGAUAGGAAUGUAUCGCUGUCUAAAUAUAAAAAGCCACAAACCCAGAGUACUGUACUGUAUAUUGUCAAUAAAGCUGAGCUUUUAUGGGGCUUAGAAGACCAAAUGGUUUCUGUUUUCAAUGUAAUGCGCUCAUAAUUAAAGCUAAAGUUACAGCUCUGGUGAGAAGUUACUAUGAAGUAGUCCUUAACAGGAAUGUUAUUUUCAUCCAUCCAUCCAUUUUCUUUACACCCUUGUCCCUUAGUGGGGUCGGGAGGGUUGCUGGUGCCAAUCUCCAGCUAACGUGAAUGUUAUUUUCAUUUGGGGCAUUAUGAUUUAUGCUAUUCUGUUCAUGUUGACCUCAUUAAACAACGAAAGGAAUUUAAGAAAUGCA